UCUCUUUUCUCUACCCAGCAUAUAAGUAAUUGAUGACAAUGAAAAUGAAAACCCACUGAGAGAAGAGAGAACAGAGCAAAAUUCAAUGCACGAACUUGAGAGUCCAUAGAUCAACAACACACACGUCAAUGGCAGAGCAGCUCAACGUUGAUCGCAUGGCUUGCAUGCGAGUGUCAAUCGAUUCUUGUUCUCGCUGAUGGAGCAAGAUCACACACAGACAAAUCAAGAAGAAGAAGUAAAAAAAAAGUCAGCCAUGGAAGCUAAAGAAAUUAGGAGACUUUUCCAUUCUCUGAGUUUCGGGCAACAUUUCUCAUCAUUGAGUUUAAUUCUUAAGAUGAUUUACUUUUUAUGAUUCUCUAUCUUAAGUUCUGAAUCCGUGAUUUGCAGUGGAAUUUAUCGAAUUUGGUCAUUAUGCUGAGGAAUAGAUAUAGAGCAGUGACGAGAAAGCAAGCUCUAACGGCGGACCAGAGCUCUCUAGCUUCUCUCCCCCCAAAUCACACCAUACCCAUUUCUUCUUUCUUUGGUUCCCCAAGAUUUUUCAAUGGGUUUCAAGCAAUGGGUCACUCUGAAACUGAAACAAUGAGUCCUAUUCCUAAUUCAAUUUCUGACAUCAAACCAUUCUCCCCUGUUGGCAACCAAUUCCCCAAAAAUUUCUCAGGAAACAAACACUCCUGGGAAAAUUUAAACCCGAAAGGCAUUGGUCUUGCUAUUGUUCACUCACUGGAUGAUGAUAUGACUGAGAGAAAAUUUUCUCAACCCAAUAACAGAAUGGUCUUGUUUGGAUCAAAACUCAAGAUUCAAAUUCCUCAACUUCCAACCUCUGCCUUUUCUCCCUCUGAAUCACCCAAAUCUCCAGCCGAUUUCGGAAUCAAAACCCGGACUUCACAAUUCAUUUGUUCUUCAUCCCCAUUUGGGUCUGUGAAUUCUGGCAAUCAGAGAGAGGACUCUGCUCAGGCUUUCCCUGAUUUUCUUUCUGCUAGUGAUAUGGAGCUUUCUGAGGACUAUACGUGUGUGAUCUCUCAUGGGCCUAAUCCGAAAACAACCCAUAUAUAUGAUAACUGCAUUGUGGAGAGUUGUUGUGGUGUUGUUGGAUUGUCUGAAUUGAAAAAGAACUGUUCUUCGUAUGUAAAGUCGAACUCUCCAUCGGAGAGCUUCCUCAGCUUGUGCUACACUUGCAGGAAGAAUCUUGAACAGGGCAAGGACAUUUACAUGUACAGAGGUGAGAAGGCCUUUUGCAGCCAUGAAUGCCGCUGCCAAGAAAUGCUUUUUGAUGGAGUGGAGAAUCCGGAAUUGGAUUGAUGCUUUUUUAAAAAGGACUUGUUCUUGAUUCUCUUUGCCUCUUCCUUUUCUUGCUUCAGAGCUCUACAAGAAUUCAGCAAUGUAGAAUUUCAAUUUUUCAUUGCUUUGAUCAGUGGAGGAUGACUUUUUAUUCUAGGGACCAAACAUUGUUUCAUCAAUAUGGGUGUUGUUCCUUCUUCUUCUUGUUCUUCGUUAUUUUCUUUUUUCGUUUUAAUUUUCAAUUCAUUUUUUUUUUUUCCUUUCUUUUGGGUUAUAGAUUCUUGUUCUUCUUUCUUAACCUCUGCCUGGAUAUGGAGAUAAGUGAGGUUUGUAGUGCAGAUGUUAUUUUGAUGGUUUGAUUGACUAAUUUGAUUGCUUGUCA